GUCAUACGUCAGAAACUUCAAGGAUGGUUAAAAAAGUUAACUAUAAAAAAGUUAUACUACUGUAAUUAGUACUGGGCCUCCUGAACUCAGUUUUUACACGAAUAAAAGAAUGAACCUUGAGCAAACAAGUAAUUAAUCGAGUGAAUCAGAUAAUAAGUAAUCUAACCUCUCAUACCUUCAUCCGUAUUCAUAGUUUCUCUCAGUAAUGCAAGAAAUACGGCAAACGAAACAUUGGACUCGUACCUAAAGUUUUAUGAAGAACUUUACGGUUACACAAACUACGGAAUGGAGACUCCCACACCAACCACCACACCAGGGGACUGCUUUCAGAGUGUGCUUCAAAACUUGGACUCACUGUCUUCACCAUGUUUGGACUCUGACUUUGAUGAGAGCCUCGCAGUCCCAGAGUCCCUAUCAGUGAUUGAUGCAGAGAAGCAUAAAGAGGAGACUGAUGCUUCUGCGCCACUAGCUACCUCAGUGCCAUACAAAGCGAUACACGCACCUCCCGUUAAAUUCAAUUCGGUACACAGGAAAGUGUUCAUUCCGGGAGUAGAAAUAAAGGUCAGAUUCGUGGAGAAUGAGAGAAGCGUUACUACACAUUUGCUCAAUCCUAAUCUAUACACAAUAAACCUUCAACAUGGUGACUUCACAUGGACGAUCAAAAAACGCUACAAGCACAUCCUGUAUCUGCACCAGCAACUGUCCUUAUACAGGGCGUCCCUUAAAAUUCCGUUCCCGACUAAAACACACAAGUCCAGACGUGCCAGUUUCAAAAAUACAUUCGAAAGUGAGGAAAAAGCUGAAAAGGUAGCAUUGGAAGCCGUUCCUAGGAGCAACUCGACUAAGCGACGAGAAGGGCGGCCUAGGAAAAGAAAAGGCGCUUUGCCCAGGUUUCCUAAGAAACCAGAGGUGAUGGUGACGUAUGAAGGAAUACAACUACGUAUGAAGCAACUCGAAGAAUAUCUGUAUAAUCUACUUAACAUAUCCAUUUAUAGAAAUCAUCAUGAAACGGUGAAGUUCCUGGAAGUAUCACAACUGUCGUUCAUCACGGAGCUGGGCACGAAGGGCAAGGAAGGCAUGAUACAGAAGAGAACUGGCUCCACUCGGCCUGGGCAAGCGGGCUGCAACUGCUUCGGCCUGCUGGGCAAUAUGGUGUGUGUCAGAUGCAACUACUUCUGCACGGGGCUAGUGUGUGCAAAAUGGCAGGAGCGAUGGUUUUUUGUGAAAGACACGUUUUUCGGCUACGUGCGACCCAGCGACGGAACCAUUAAAGGAAUCAUGCUUUUUGAUCAAGGGUUUGAAGUAUCAAGCGGUAUGUAUUCAACUGGUCUCAGCAACGGAUUGCAGAUCCUCAACAACAGCAGGCAGAUGGUGAUCAAAUGCUGGACCAAGAGGAAAAGCAAGGAGUGGAUGCUAUAUUUGAAGACAGUCGCCAACCAAUCCGCCCGUGAAUUCACGUUCCCAAACGUACACCACUCAUUCGCGCCGCCCCGACCCGCCACCCCCGUCAGGACGCUAGUAGACGGCUCCGCGUACCUCUCAGCGGUAGCGGAUGCCAUGGACCUAGCCAGGGAAGAGAUAUUCAUCGCCGACUGGUGGCUGAGCCCAGAAAUAUAUCUGAAGAGGCCUGCUCUCAAUGGGGAUUACUGGAGACUGGAUACUCUCUUGAAACGGAAAGCGGCGCAAGGUGUGAAGGUGUGCAUAAUGCUGUAUAAAGAAGUGGAGAUGGCACUGGGUAUCAACAGUUUCUACAGUAAAAGUAGAUUAGCUAGCGACAACAUUAAGGUGUUUCGACAUCCAGACCACGCGAAAGUGGGUAUAUUCUUCUGGGCGCACCACGAGAAGAUUGUUGUGGUGGACCAGACGAUCGCCUUCGUUGGCGGUAUCGACUUGUGCUACGGGCGAUGGGACGACCAUAGGCAUAGACUAACUGAUCUCGGCAACAUCGCUCAGCCAAAGAACUCUAUAAAGAGCAAAAAGAUUACCUCGAGCUCGCCCGGCGCGGGGCUUUAUCUGCCGCAGAGCAACGGCAUAGAAGCCGCCUUGGAACUCGCCAAAUCAUCCAGAGACGUAGUUAUAGGACUCAAUAUAUCCAUAGAAGAAGACUUACAAGAAACCCAAUCCACCGACGAAGUACAAACAGAAGACAUUCCAAAACCUGAAUCUCUAGUAUUGGAUCCAGGGGACCAUUUAUUACAACAACUCGGCACACCGACCGACACAAAACCCGACGGUUUAGAACAAAAAAAGAAUGUUCUAGACAAAAUUAAGGAUCAAGGAAAAGAAUUCAUCAGUAUUAUCUACCCUCCAUACGAAGAAGAACUUAAUGAACAGAAAUUUGACGAUUCAGAACGAAAAAAAGCGGAGAAAUACGCUCGUUCUAACGAUGAGGUUCUCCUUACAGAUGCUCUAGGCAUCAGACCAAGGUCUAUAACUGAACCAGCGCCGUUGGCUCAAGUGGUAGAAGGCAGAGUGAUCACUGAGGUCACCAAAAAAGCGUUAGAAGAUAUAGAGGGGAACUCAAAAUUGUGGAUCGGAAAGGACUACGUCAAUUUUAUUGUUAAGGACUUUAAUAAUUUGGAUCUGCCAUUCGUAGACUUAGUGGACAGGAACACGACGCCCAGAAUGCCAUGGCACGACAUCGGCGUGGCGGUGCAGGGCGCGGCCGCGCGCGACGUGGCGAGGCAUUUCAUACAGCGGUGGAAUGCUAUCAAGCUGGAGAAGGCCAGACAAAACACGAACUACCCGUACCUGUUACCAAAAACGUACACCGACAUCAAACCUCUGCAGGACUUGGAACAGCUGCUCAACCUUGACUUUAUCAACGCUUCGUGUCAGGUGCUGCGCAGUGUAUCGUGCUGGUCCUGCGGCUUUCUGGACCCCGACACAGUGGAACAGAGCAUCCACGAGGCUUACGUGGACACGAUUACACGCGCACAACACUACGUCUAUAUCGAGAACCAGUUCUUCAUCACGCUGUCGAGGACUAGCCUCACUGUGAGGAAUCAGAUAGGCGAAGCACUAUUCAACCGCAUCAUGCGUGCCCAUCGUGCUAAUGAGACGUUUCGGGUGUACGUGGUGAUGCCCUUACUGCCGGGCUUCGAGGGCGAGGUGGGCGGACCCUCCGGCACCUCGCUGCACGCCGUCACGCAUUGGAACUAUCAGAGCAUCAGCAGGAGCAAGGAAGCAAUAAUCACGCGACUCUACGAAGCAGGAGUAACAGACCCGUCCACCUACAUUACCUUCCACGGUUUGCGCACACACGCAACACUCGACGGUGAACCAAUCACGGAGCUAGUGUACGUCCACUCCAAACUGCUGAUCGCGGACGACCGAUACGUCAUCUGUGGAAGCGCGAACAUCAACGACAGAAGCAUGAUCGGGAAACGGGACUCCGAGAUCGCCGUGCUGUUACAGGAUGAACAAUUCGACGACGGUGUAAUGAAUGGCAAGCCGUUCCCGUGCGGGCGCAUGGCGGGCGGGCUGCGGAGACGCCUGUUCCGGGAACACUUGGGCCUUAUGGGCGAUGACGUCACGAAGGGUCUGCACGACCCCUGCGCUGAGAACUUUUACAGACACGUGUGGAAGGCCACGUCCACGCGAAAUACAGAGAUUUACGAGGAGGUCUUCAACACGAUACCAACUGACGCGGUACACACAUUCGCGGAGCUAAAGAAAUAUCAAGAGGAGCACAACCAAUCACUCUGGCACAAAGACCCGGCGCUUGCGCACAGGAAAAUCGACCUUAUUCAAGGCUUUUUGGUCGACAUGCCGCUAGAUUUCCUUUGCAACGAGACCUUGACUCCGAGAAAUACAUCCAUGGAAGGGAUGAUGCCAACAUCUUUAUGGACGUAGUUUUACCACUCGGGAAUGGGAAAAUCGAUCUUAUUGAAGGCUUUGUGAUUGAUAUGUAGUUU